AUGACAUCUAGAUGGGACCAACAGCAACAAGUACAGCAACAACCCCUAUUAAAUGGCUCAUUAAAUUCAUUGUCGACAAAUCUAGAUAAUUUAAAAAAAGAGAGAAGAAAAUUAGAAAGUUAUAUAGAUGGUAAAUUAAAUCAAUUAUCAACAUUAAAUGACAAGGUACAAAGGGACGAUGAAAACGUCGAUAUUGAAUAUAGCAAAAUUGACUUAUCAGAUUUAACUUCAGAACUUGACAGCGCUUUUAAAAAUCUUCAAAGAUGUAACGAACUAUUAGUUGAUGAUCCAAAUUUUAGUAGCAAUAAAGAACAUAAAGAGAAAUUGGAUGAUUAUUUAAUAGAAUAUAGAAAAUUAAAAAAAAAUAUAAUAACUACAUUAGAAAGGUCCGAAUUAUUAGAAGGCUCAACUUAUAAUAAAAAUAAAGAUACCGAAAUCCCAAUGACUAAUCUCCUAAGAGAACAUUCGUCACUCCAAAACAGUUCAUAUUUAACAGAUUCAAUUUUAGGUCAAGCAAGACAAGCCCACGAAGCAUUAGAAAAUCAAAGAAGAAUUUUAAGAGGUGCCUCUUCAAAAAUUACCUCAAUGCCAAAUUUAUUUCAAACAAUUGAUGGUGUUACAUCAAAAAUUAAAAGAUAUAAACAAAGAAAUGUUGUUAUUAUAGGUUUAUUAAUUGGUGGUUUAAUAUGUUUCCUUUUGUAUUAUAGCUUUAAAAAAUAA